AUGAUUCGCGGUUUAUUCUCAUCUCUGACUUACCGAUUCGCCUGGCGGAUCCCGCUUUUCGUUUACGGCGUCACUUGGACUGUGUUUCUGACGAUCACGGUGGCGAUCGUCUCUCUCGCGCCGGAGUUUGCUUUCGUGUCGGCGAUUUACCCGUCGUCUUCUUCCCUGGAGUUUUCGCGGCGGUGCGGAUCAGAAUCUUCCGUUUUGGUUCCGUUGGAUAUACCAUCGGAGGUUUUGUGUUUACCGGUGAAUUUAUUUCGGAGGUCGAAGAUGGACCUCGUCGUACCGCCGGUUUUUGCAGCGAUUGUGGUGGCUGUUUCCGCCGUCAUUGUACGGACGAUGGGCCUUUGGGAGGCCGAAGAAGCCCAUUAG